UCUGCCCUGCACAACGUACACACACACAGAUACACAGGGAAAUGAUGGCGGUGGCUGGAAUAGGCGCAAGAUUGCUGGUUUUCGGCAUGGGCUUCCUGGUCUUCACCCAGCAAGUACAAUCUCAGGUAGUUCAAGCUGAGAAUGUGACAGUGAUGGAAGGCGAGACAGCAGAGAUCACAUGCAGGCUGCACAGCUACGACGGUUCAAUCGUGGUGAUCCAGAACCCCUACCGGCAAACCCUGUUCUUCAAUGGCACACGAGCUCUCAAGGACGAACGCUUCCAGCUCGUCUCGUUCACUCACAAGCAGCUACGCAUUGCCCUGUCGGAUAUCCGUGUGGAGGACGAAGGAGGCUAUUACUGUCAGCUGUACUCUGAGGACACCCAUCACCAGGUUGCCGUGGUGACAGUACUGGUGCUCCCGGAACCAAUUGUUGAAGUGAAGGGUGAAGAGCCAGUGGAGAAUGGGGAGGUGGAGUUAAUCUGUACAGUUCCUCGGAGUAAACCACCAGCCCGGAUACGAUGGUUCAGAGACAAGAAACUACUUCAGGGGAUGAGCAGCCAGCAACAGUCUGGGAAGACGUUCAAGAUUACCAGUGUGGUGACGUUUACUGUGGAGAAGAAGGAUAAUGGUGCCAUUGUCACCUGUGAAGCAGACCUACCCUCAGUCAAAGGCAAGAAGCAGCGAAUGGAGUUCCCUUUAAGUGUACGAUUUCCCCCAACAGUGAAGGUCCAGCCUCCAUCGGUCCUGUUGAGGGAAGGAGAUGACCUCACAUUAACCUGCUCGGUCACAGGAAAUCCACAACCUGCCGACGUCAUGUGGAGCCGGCUGAACGAUUCACUGCCGAGCCGGGCUAAGCUAAGUGGGAACCUGCUCACCAUCACCGCGCUGACCACGGUGGACAACGGCACGUACGUCUGCGAGGCUGAGAACGAGCUCGGGAGGACAGCCGAUGAGUACGUCCUUGUGGUGUACGAUCCUGGAGCAGUGGUAGAACCACAGACUUCAGUCAGUUACGCAGUAGUCGGAGGAGUUUUAGCUGUCUUUGUCUUUGCUAUAAUCUGUGUGCUUACUGUGACCGUGUGCUUCUCAAUGAGGCAGAAAGGGUCUUACCUGACGCACGAGGCCAGCGGACUGGAUGAACACGGGGAGGCACGCGAGGCUUUCAUCAAUGGCAACGAGAGUCAUGAGAGGAAGAAAGAAUAUUUCAUCUAGACUCCUGCAGGGGGAGCUGGUCACUCGAGCGCCAGCCUGAAAACACUCAAAUGACAUUGCAUUUUUUUACCAAUAGCCUUCUUGUCAACCAGAUACUUCACCUUACAGUACUGAACAAGUUAAUGCUGCAUCUCUGGAUUUGAUUAUAUAUACAAAUAUAUAUAUAUAUUUAAAAAUAUAUAUAUAUAUAUCCCUCUCUCUUACGAACGGAAAGAUUUCGUGGGUCUGAAAAAUUCCACAAAACCCUCGUUCCGUGAACAGUUGCGUCCCUCAAGGCUGUACAAGGAAGAUGGUCGAUGAUUAUGGAGAAAUGACCAUACAAUCCCGGUUGGCGAUGACUUCCUCCUCCUCCCCCCACCACUCCCCGAGACAUACUUCACACCGGCGCAGGAUUCCCGCAGAGAAGUCUCGGGACUGGAGGCGGAGUCAAUGGCUCGAACCACAAUCUGCUUUUUGGUGAAUGGGAGUGUGUCAGAUACUGAGAUUAUCCGCCAUCUUCUGCUGGGAGAGCUAUUCCUCUCAGUGCAACCCAGACUUUCCUUUGCUAUUUAAUUACGAAGGCUUAUUCUCCGCGAUGUACUUCUCCUAUUUAAUCGUUUCCCCUGUUUAUUAUUUUUAAUGGCCCCCCCCCGUUCCACCCGGCACUUUUUAAUGUCUCUUUGCAGCUGAGGAUUGUGAGUACAUGGCCUCACUUAGCACUGAUGCUUCCUAUAUGUAACCUGACGAGCCCCCGCAAACCUUCCCCACCCACCACAAUCAUAGAAUGACAGAGCACUGACGGAGGCCAUUUGGCCCAUUGUGCCUGUACUGUCUCUUUGGGAUCCAAUGCCAUGGGGUUGGCUCACCAUCAGCCCGUGUUGAUGCUGCUUACCCACAGUUCACUGCAGCCCUGAGUGCUCCUGGGAAAGACGUUACAGCAAGGGAGAGAGCAAGGCUUGAAACAUAUCCCAUUUCUAAUCAGUACUGAAGCCAUUUAUUUUUUAAAGGAAACAGAAGUAAAUGUAUUUUCAAUCAGUUAAAAGCAAUUUGAGAUGAAGAUUUCAGCUCCCCCCAGAUAAGACAGUGAUUCAGCUCUAGGGUUCAAUGCAAUUCAGUCAAUAUUUCUGAAUACCUGUCGACAGGCUAAUGUCCCAUUUUAUUGCCCAAUGGACUCUGGGAAUAAUAUCAUGACUUCUUGUUGAAAAAGGGAGACAUUUGGCUGAAACUUUUCGUCCCCGUGCUCUUCAGGACAAAUGCAAGAAAACCAAAUUUCAAACAUCCACAACAGCAGCAGAAAAGGGUGCUGAUUGGUUGGCAGGUUGAAUCUGAUUGGCCAAGGCCUUGCCAUGGAGAAAGCAACGGGGAGCUGUCAGUUCCCCAAGUGAUUCAAAAAGCCAUGAGGCUUAAACGUACUCCCCCUGUUUGCAGAGAACGGGUCCCUGCAUGUGAACGUAGGUCACUUCGAGCACUCCAUGUCACGAGCUCGACUUGAUCACCUUAAAUUGGUUGUUGAUGUCGCUGUUAGCGCACUCAGGAUUGUUUGGCGGGUGCUGUCCACUCACGGAAUGGCAUCGCGCGGCAGGCGUUUUGUUUGGGGUUUUGCGAGCGCGGGCUGGCUAUUUGAUCCGAUCAUCUAAUCGCUGGGAUGUACGGCCCAUGUACCCAACACUGCACUGGCACUGAAAUUCACACCACGGCGUUGCUCAGUUGGGUGCCGGCAGAACGUCUUUUUGGACUGACGGCGGCACCUUGUUGCUGGAAAAUACCACUCAGCGUUCGGGGAGCCUAUAGCCCCUGACCCCCACCCCCAAUUGCUUCCUCGGCAACCCCUCGGCCAAUCAGAGUUGACCUGCCAACCAACCUUUUCCCUCCGUGUAGUAUAAAUGGUUGUGAUCGUCUGGAACUCGGCAUUCAUCUCUUUUCCCCUUUAUUCGUUGCUGGGGCAACGAGCGUCAUUGGCCAGGCCGGCAUUUGUUGCCCGUCCCUAACUGCCCUCGAACCGAGUGGCUUCCUGCACUGGGGUAGGGACGGUGGGACCUCCCUCCCCGAGGAGGCGUCAGUGAACCAGAUGGGUCUUCCCGACAAUCGGCAAUGGCUUCCUGGGCACCAUCGCUUUUCAAUUCCAGAUUAUUGCUUCAACUCAAAUUCCACAGGCCGCCGCGGUGGGAUUUGAACCCUCGCCCUCAGAGACCGUUGGCCUCUGGAUUACUAGUCCAGCCACAUCACGCAAUUCCGUGAGUGGACAGCACCCGCCGAGCAAUCCCGAGUGCGCUUCCCCCUGAGCUCGUCCUGAUGAGUGCAGAAUCGAAAGCUUUGGCGACACACCCACCCCCCUCAGCGAUGUUUAAAUUCGUUCAGCGCUGCCGAGCGACUGUUAAUAUCGCGAUUGAGUCUUUUAACAGUUCCUUCAGCCUGUGGUUGUCAUUUAAAUUGAAGCACCCCUCAGUCUAAUUAAGCCCUUUUUUGUUAAUUUAUUAUCACCGAAGGCCUCCUCCAGGUGGCACUGAGGUAGCGGCCUCCGUCGGUUCAAUUAACAAAAGCUAAUUUUCUACACUGGCAUUUUUUUUUGGUGAGUUUUGUUGACUAGGUCUAAAUUUCCCAGAAUUCAGGAGAAUGAGAGGAGAUCUCAUUGAAGUGCAUAAAAUUCUGCUCAUGCUUCUCAGGGGUGAUGCUGAGAGGCUGUUUCCACACCUAACCCCCCCCCUCACACCCUUCCUCACUCUUCCCCCCCCCACCGCACCUCCACCACCGGCUGCGGAGUUUAGAACUUGGUGGGGGGAGGGGGGUGGUGCUCAGGAGGUCACAGUCUCAGGAUGAAGGUUCGGCCAUUUUGGACGGGUGAGGGGGUGGUCAUUUUGGAUGGAUGAGCGGGUGGCCAUUUGGGACUGAGAUGAGGGGAAAUUUCUUCACUCGGAAGGUUGUGAAUCUUUGGAAUUCUCUCCCCCUCAGAGAGUGGCUGAUGCUCCGCCAUUGAGCCUAUUCAAGGCUGAGAUCGAUAGAUCUUUGGGUGCUAAGGGAUAGGGCAGGAAGGUGGAGCUGAGGAAGAAAAUCAGCCACGAUCUUAUUGAAUGGGAUAGCAGGCUCAAGGGGCCAAAUGGCCUCCAUCUGCUCCUAUUUAUUGUGCUCAGACGUGUUAAGAAUUUAUUUCUUGAAUCAAUUAAUUCUGACCUUUUCACUGUCUUGUAUAUUGUCUCUGAAGAGGGAAAUCGGUUUUGCAACCAAACAGGUGAAGCCGAGUCCCUCCUGCUCACUACAGCCCUCCCCAUCCCUGUGAUAUUUCGGGAGAGUUUUGGGAUCUUACUAUGCAUCCUCUCUCUUUCCCUCCCUCUCUGUGAGUCACUGGAAUAAUGAGAUCAAUGGCUACCCUGU